UUCCUUUAGUGCAUAUCUGCUUGUAACACUCCCAAAUCCAUUUCUCUCUAAAUUCUUCGACUUCCCCCUGUUUAGGUAUUGCUGAUUAUAAAACCUUGAAGCUGAUCAAGCUAUUUGGAGCGUUGAUUCUUGAAAAAUUAGGGUUAGGGUUGUUCGAUUAAAGAGAAAUGGCACAAGUUGUGGAAGAAUGGUACAAACAGAUGCCUGUCAUAACUCGUUCUUAUCUCACAGCUGCUGUUCUUACCACAGUUGGUUGCUCCCUUGAGAUCAUUUCACCAUACAACCUGUAUUUGAACCCGAGGCUUGUCGUUAAUCAAUUCCAAAUCUGGCGACUUAUCACUAAUUUUCUCUACUUUCGAAAGAUGGAUCUGGACUUUCUUUUUCACAUGUUCUUUCUCGCUCGAUACUGCAAGCUUCUAGAAGAAAAUUCAUUCAGAGGAAGAACUGCGGAUUUCUUUUAUAUGCUCUUAUUUGGUGCUACAGUCUUAACGAGUAUUGUACUUGUUGGAGGAAUGAUUCCUUACGUCUCUGAAUCUUUUGCCAAAAUCAUUUUCCUUAGCAAUUCAUUGACAUUUAUGAUGGUUUAUGUAUGGAGCAAGAGAAAUCCAUUUAUUCAUAUGAGUUUCUUGGGUCUUUUUACUUUCACUGCAGCUUAUCUCCCAUGGGUUUUGUUGGGGUUCUCUGUGCUUGUUGGCGCAAGUGCGUGGGCAGAUUUACUUGGGAUGGUGGCGGGGCAUGCGUACUAUUUUCUUGAAGAUGUGUAUCCAAGAAUGAGUGGGAGGCGGCCAUUGAAAACUCCAUCAUUUAUUAAAUCACUUUUUGGUAAUGAAAAUGUUGUUGUGGCACGUGCUGGGGAUGUGAGAUUUGCGGGCCCACAAGUAGAUUAAAAUAAAAAUCUAAGUGACAAAUGACAAUGGAGGGAGGAGUAAUUUUAUGUUUACUGUUUAGUGAGGGUUAAAAGUUUGAAGAAGUAUGUACAUAUGACAUAUCAUGAUGUGGUGUUUAGGACAUUCAUUGUAUGUAAAGGAUUGUUGAGAAUUGG